UUGCGAUCUGACAAAGUAUUCACAUUCGCAGUAAUUAUUUAAAAACAUUGUUAAGCUGAAGCUGCAAGAUAUCCGUGGGUUCAACAUGUUGAAAUUAGGAUUUAAUUUAACAAGACACACGGGAGUAAUUUUGAAACGCAUGAUGUCAACUCAAGAACAAGAAGUCUUAUUUGAGACAGUAAACAAUGCUGGCAUUAUCACAUUAAACAGACCAAAAGUAUUAAAUACACUAAAUGAAAACAUGGCUUGUAUGAUCCUAGCAAAACUUCAAGAAUGGGAGAAAAGCAAGAACUUAGUUAUUAUAAAAGGAACGGGUGACAAGGCAUUCUGCGCUGGUGGGGAUGUUAAAGCAGCUAUAGAUAAAGUAAAGGGACCAAGAUUUUUUCAUGUAGAAUACAAUGUUAACUAUUUAAUAGGAAAAUAUAAAAUUCCAUACAUAGCAUUUAUUAAUGGUAUCACUAUGGGUGGAGGUGUGGGACUCUCUGUUCAUGGGAGGUACAGAAUUGCAACAGAGAAAACUGUGUUUGCAAUGCCAGAGACAAAAAUAGGAGCAUUCCCAGAUGUAGGUGGUUCAUAUUUCUUACCAAGAAUGCAAGUCAAUUUGGGAUUGUACCUGGGUCUAACAGGUGAAAGGUUAAAAGCAAAGGAUGUUGUAAAAGCUGGAAUUGCAACACACUUUGUACCCAGCAAGCGUUUGUAUGAACUGGAGAAACUACUUUACCGUUGCAAUAAUGAUGUAGAAGUACGUGCACUACUUAACAAAUUUAAUGAACCAUCUGAGGAGUUCUCAUUGGCACCUAAUAUUAAACAUAUUAAUUACUGUUUUGCGGCUUCUACAAUUGAAGAAAUCAUAGAAAGGCUUGAGAAGGUUAAUAAUGAAUGGUCAGCUAAAACUCUUCAGACCCUCGGUCAGAUGAGCCCUAGCGGGUUGAAGUUGACGCUGCGUGCUUUCCAACGUGGCGCCCAGCUGGACCUGCCGCAGUGCCUGCGCAUGGAGUACCGCAUGAUUUGCCGCGGCUUGCACAACAACGACUUCCCUGAAGGAGUGCGGGCUCUCCUCAUUGAUAAAGACAAUAACCCUCAGUGGAACCCAAAGACCCUGGCUGAAGUGACUGAAGAUUAUGUAGAGAGUUUCUUCAAAAAGCUGCCCGAAGAGCAGGAGCUAAAGUUCUUCGAUUCCAACCUGUAACCGAAUUUUUGUACUUUUUUAUGGACAAGUUUUAUACAUUCUAAUUUUUCAAUAUAUACAAUGUUAAAAUGAUGCAUUGAUAUAACGGUGCGUGUUUACAAUUUUUUUUUUAUAGAAAAUUUUACUAAUUCACUGUUUUUACUGUUACACUGUUGUCAAUUUGAACAAAAUAAGCUAAGUAGUGGCUUCUUUUAUUCCUGAAUGAAAUAGCGUAAAUUUUUUUGAUUUUUUUCUAUUUUAUAUGUUCUAUUACUUACUUUAUAGGUUAUUUGAAAAUAAAAAACAUGGUAGGUAGUUAAAAUAUAUAUAUAAAUAUAAUAUAAAUAAUAAAAGAAAGUUUUACAAUAAACUACAAAAACUGGCAUGUGUCACUGAGUAACUUCUUUCUUACAUACAACAAUGAAUAAGUCAAAAUAACUGUAAUUUUAAUACCACAGACUCCAAUUAACAUACAAAUAGAUAGGUUUUUAUGAACUAUGUUGGUAUGGGCAGUUUUACAGGGAUAAGAUCUUUUGAUGAGUUAUUUGAAGUUCACUGAAUAUAUCUAAGUAUAUAUUAUAUUUAUAAGUAUAUAAAAUAAUCUCAAUUUUUAUAUACAAUGUACAUUUAAGUUAUAAAUACAAGUCAUCAAUAAGUCUCGAAUUAGUUUUUAAAAUAUUAAUAUGAAUUUUCUUUAGAAAUAACAACUAUGUAAGAAUUUUUGAUAUUAUGUAUGAGUAUAACAUCAAAUGCCUUAAAAAUGGGAUGACAAAUAGCCAUCACAAUUAAUAUUAGAACCUUUUAAGAACUUUUUUAUUGUAGUAUACAGAGUGUACUAUUUGAAGAUGAAAUAGAAAUAUUUUAUAAUGAUGUGUUUAUUAAUUACUCCUGUUUUAAAGUUUAGCUUGUUGAUAUUGUGAAAAUGUUUAUAUUGUAGUCUUACAGGUUUUUUAUGAAUAUUAUUAGGAAUUAUAACUUUAAGAAUUCAAAGACUAGAAGGUCAGUUUGAACAAAUACUUUUUACUGAAUACAUAUUGUUAUACUGAGUAAUGUGUAAUUAUUGUAAAAGAGGAAACUGUCGAAUAUUCUUACAGUGUUUUGUGAAUUAUAUCAAAGAAUAAUAGAGUUGGAAAGUCGUGGAAUUAAGUUGGCACCUUAAACCAACUGAAAUCUUUCUGCCACGAAAAUAAAUUUUAAUAACAAUUGUGGCUUAACCAUACAAAAGUGCCAAAACGUAAAACAAUGUACCUCACAUAGGAAAUUUAAGACCGCAUGCUAAAACUAUAACAAGAAGCUUUGUAAGAGUAUUUGACAAAUUAGUUUUGCUGUUUAUUUUGCAUAGAACAGAAAUUAUUGUUCACAAAAAAAUGGUGUAAACAGUGUGAUAUAUAAAUUUUCUUUGAAUGUGUGUGUGAACUCCUAUCAAUCCCAGGCCAGUUCGAUACAAAGCAUGUUUCAAUUUUGAGUAAACAAGCUAUAGCACAGAAUAAAUAAUAGUAUUAACUUACAAAAGUUUCAUUACUUUGAUCUUGACAGAAGCCGCAGUUUUAUCGGCAUAGAUAAUAAGGUACACAUUGUGUGCAUUCUAAAUAGCACCUUAUCGCCACGCGUUAGUGUAUUUAUUUCUUUGUGUUGUAUUUUCGAGAGUUAGGGUUGUUAGCGAAGUUCUAACCAAAUUAUAAGAUGUUUUUUAAUUUCCAUUAUGUCUUCAAAUGUUUAAUUUUUCUCAAGUAUCUAUUAUAAAUUAUUAGUUUUGCAAAAUUCUAAAUCGAAAAAAUUAUCAUGGUGUAAUAAAAUCAAUGUCAUUCAGCAGCGAUAAUAUUCAGAGUUAGUUAAAAAAUUCCAAAUAUAGCUCCUUGGUUCAUACCAUUUUUACGAGAUAUUUUUUCCAUGGAGGUCUUAACGUUCCUUUAUCAAAAAAUCUCUUGUGUUAUUAAAGUAAUAAUAAGUUCUGACUGAUCGAAAUUUAAAUCAUAAAAUCAAAGUGCGCGGUCCGAAUUCCGAGACCAUCGAACAAGCAGCCUUGGUUUAAAGUUGCCACGCGCUGUAGAUACUUAUUGAGGUAGGGUAGGGCGAGUAUCGGCUAGUGGUAGAUGCCUAGCUAUAGGAAUUUAUAUAUUCACCGUUUGUAACAGAAGCAUUUAUUUUUUGUAUUUUGUAAUAAUUAAAAGCAGUUUUAGAACAUAUGUGUAAUGAUGUACAUUUUAAAUAAUAUAAACAGAGUGUACAUCAGAAGCUGACUGUCAUUUAAAAAAAUAUUUUUCAUAAUGC